CCCACUUCCGUCUUGAUCGCGCCGCGGGAUCCUCCUCCUCUCGCGAGAGGUGCAGGCGCGGAGCCGGCAGCUUCGGAGAAGCUGAGAGUGAGUCGGGAGAACCAGGUCUGCAGCGCUGCAGGAAUGGCGGGCUUCGGGGUCGCAGCUGGCCAGUUCGUGGCGGUGGUCUGGGACAAGUCCUCCCCGGCGGAGUCUCUGAAGGGCCUGGUGGGGGAGCUCCAGGCGCUAACCGGCAGUGAGGGCCGCGUGUCUGUGGAGAACAUCGACCAGCUGUUGCAGUCUGCCCACAAAGAAUCCAGCUUUGAUGUUAUUUUGUCGGGUGUGAUUCCUGGAAGCGCCAUGCUGCACAGCGCUGAGAUUUUGGCCGAGAUGGCCCGGAUCCUGCGGCCUGGCGGGUGUCUUUUUCUGAAGGAGCCGGUGGAGACCGCUGUCGUCAGCAACGGCAGAAUGAGGACGGCCUCGAAGCUGUGUUCGGCCCUGACUCUCUCCGGCCUUGUGGAAGUGCGAGAGCUGCAGCGGGAGCCCCUGAGCGCCGAGGAGAAGCAGUCUGUCCAGGAGCACCUGGGUCACCUUGGGGACAGCCUGCUCUCCGUGCAGAUCACAGGCAGAAAGCCCAACUUCGAAGUGGGUUCUUCUAGUCAACUUAAGCUUUCCGUUGCCAAGAAGUCUGCUCCUUCGGCGAAGCCUGCCGUGGACCCUGCGGCCGUCAAACUCUGGACCCUCUCGGCCAACGACAUGGAGGACGAGAGCGCGGACCUCAUCGACUCGGACGAGCUGCUGGACCCUGAGGACCUGAAGAAGCCGGACCCCGCCUCCCUGCGGGCCCCCGCCUGCGGGGAGGGGAAGAAGAGGAAGGCCUGCAAGAACUGCACGUGUGGCCUGGCCGAAGAGCUGGAAAGAGAGAAGUCCGCGGCACAGACGAGCUCCCAGCCCAAGUCGGCCUGCGGAAACUGCUACUUGGGCGACGCUUUCCGCUGCGCCAGCUGUCCCUACCUGGGGAUGCCCGCCUUCAAGCCUGGGGAGCAGGUGCUGCUGAGCGCCAGCAGCCUCCACGACGACUAGGGUGACGACCAGGGCGGCGCCUGCCCCUCGGCCGGCCCUGCCUCUGCACUUGCCCACUCCCCGCCGGGACCCAUCUGCAGGGAGGGGCCUUGGUAGGCAGAGCGAGGCUGGCCGUGGGGGGCGGGGGCGUGUAGUGCUGCUGUGGACCAAAGGGCCAGGGCGCCAUGGGGCGCUGGCUACCCUGGGCGGCUGGCAUCUUCCCAGCCAUAGGGAAACGGGGUAUGUGCCGAGGGGCCCUCUCCCGGGCACAGACUGCUGUGCUGCGCGUCGGUGCUCUGGGACCGAGGCCCCACCCCCCUUGCACCCAGCAAGUGCCACCGCUCGUCUCCAGAGCCGGUGCUCGCGCAGCAGGCCACUCCUGGUGAUGCAGAUCACGUGUGUUCCGACCUCAGGGCACCAGCAGAGUUGCGUGGUCAUGGCCGGAGCCCCUCUGCGUCCCCCUUGACCCCUGCGGCGGUGUGCUGCCCCCUGUCCUGUCAGUCUGCAGUCACUAUUAAACCUGUGUUCCUCCUCUGCACUGUCAGUUGUGAAGAGGGUGUGUGUGCAUGCGUGCGUGUGUGCGUGCGUGCGUGUGUCGGGGGUGGGGCGGGGGUCUGACACAGCCGUGCGAGCUCAGCUGAGAGCACUGAACUGUUUUUUGUGGAGAGACUCUGUCACACGCAGAGGGGGCCUGCGCUGCAGGACCGGACCCCCGUCCCCUUCAGAAGAGCCGGGCAGCAGCCUGAACCCACAGCAAGUCUCUCCCAGCAGGGAACCCUGUGUUCUCGUUACCCACAGGGACUGGGAGUGGACCUCGCCAGCGGGUGGGGACAGUGCGUGGGUUCGGGAGACCUGGGUUUUUGUGUCUUACCAAUGAAUAAAAGUUUUCUUUGGAAUUAGCCCUGAAA